GGCGAAUCCUUCGCUGCCUUUAGGAGGGAGGGGGGCUCUCCUCGGCGGCGGCCAAUGGGGACCGAGGACGCUUCCUGGACCGCCUCAGUCGAAGCGCGCUCGCUCAGCCGCAUACAAGCGAGGGAAGGGAAGAGGAGCCCGAGCGGACAUGGCUGAACAGGAUGUGGAGAAUGAAUUGUUGGACUAUGAGGAGGAUGAAGAGCCUCAGGCAGUGACUGAUGCAGCCCCUGUCCCCGCUAAAAAGGAUGUGAAGGGCUCUUAUGUUUCCAUUCACAGUUCUGGCUUCCGAGACUUCUUGUUGAAGCCAGAACUGCUUCGUGCCAUUGUGGACUGCGGUUUUGAGCACCCAUCAGAAGUGCAGCAUGAAUGCAUUCCACAGGCAAUCCUAGGCAUGGAUGUUUUAUGCCAAGCCAAAUCAGGCAUGGGCAAGACUGCUGUUUUUGUACUGGCUACACUGCAGCAGAUUGAACCGAUGGAUGGACAGGUAUCAGUGUUGGUGAUGUGUCACACCCGGGAGCUGGCCUUCCAGAUCAGCAAAGAAUAUGAGCGCUUCUCCAAGUACAUGUCUGCUGUCAAGGUAUCAGUCUUCUUUGGGGGCCUUUCCAUCAAGAAGGAUGAAGAGGUGCUGAAGAAGAAUUGUCCACAUAUUGUGGUGGGGACCCCAGGCCGUAUUCUAGCACUUGUGCGUAACAAGACACUCAACCUGCGCAAUGUCAAGCAUUUUGUGUUGGAUGAAUGCGACAAGAUGCUUGAACAGCUGGACAUGCGCCGAGAUGUGCAGGAGAUUUUUCGACUGACCCCCCAUGAGAAGCAGUGCAUGAUGUUUAGUGCAACCCUGAGCAAAGAGAUCCGGCCUGUUUGCAGGAAGUUCAUGCAGGAUCCUAUGGAGGUCUUUGUAGAUGAUGAGACCAAGCUGACUUUGCAUGGCCUGCAGCAAUACUAUGUGAAGCUGAAGGAUACAGAAAAGAACCGCAAACUCUUUGAUCUACUGGAUGUGCUGGAGUUCAAUCAGGUUGUGAUAUUUGUGAAGUCUGUGCAGCGCUGCAUGGCAUUAGCUCAGCUUCUAGUUGAGCAGAACUUCCCAGCCAUUGCUAUUCACAGGGGAAUGUCUCAGGAGGAGAGGGGUGCAGGUAUCUCGGUUUGGGAGCCCUGGCUUAUGCAGAUUGGGCUGGAUGAGAGAUUGAGUCCAACAUCUGGAGGCCUGGACUCCCCUUUCUCUGAGUACAUACUCUCGAGAUACCAGCAGUUCAAGGACUUCCAACGUCGGAUCUUGGUGGCCACUAAUUUGUUUGGCCGUGGGAUGGACAUAGAGAGGGUUAACAUAGUAUUCAACUAUGACAUGCCUGAGGAUUCCGAUACCUAUUUGCACAGGGUGGCACGGGCAGGCCGCUUUGGCACAAAAGGUUUGGCCAUUACAUUUGUGUCAGAUGAAGGUGAUGCCAAAAUCCUCAAUGAUGUGCAGGACCGUUUUGAAGUCAAUGUGGCUGAGCUCCCUGAAGAGAUAGACAUCUCCUCAUAUAUUGAGCAGAGCCGGUAGCCUGUGUUAAUGGAUGCUCCUCACCUAGUCCAUGGCGGAACCUGAAACCAAGCACACCAAGCUGCUGUCUCCUGCUGAAGUCAGAUUACUAUCUGCUCUUUAAAAAACUGUUAAACCUACAUGAGUGUAUGAACUUAAAAUGGAUGUUUAUAAAUUGCCCAGGUGGUAUUUUGCUUCAGCUUUAGCCUGUGGGCUUUUUUAAUUAGAUGUUUCUAUUUUCUGAAUAGUAAGUCUCUAUGGGCAAAGUAUGAUAAUAAAUGGAUUUUUAAAAAUGUUA